AUGAAGGACGAAGUUCGAAGAAGAGGAAAAAUGAAGGAUACGAUGGAAACAAAGGACGAAGGAGACACUAAAGAUGAAGCGGACGAAGGUGCUGAAAAAAAGGGAGAGAACCAAGAAGAUGAAGACGAAGUAGACAGAGGACUAAAGACGAAUGAGACAGAGGAGACGAAGGACAAAAGAAACGAAGGAGACAAAAGACGAAGUAGACGAAGAAGACAAAGGGCGAAGGAGAUAAUCACAAAGGAGACGAAGGACGAAGAACAAAGUGGACAUAGGACGAAGAACUACAGACGAAAGAGACAAAGCACAAAUGACGACAGACAAAGAAGACAAAGGACCAAAAAAGCGACUACAAAGAAAAUGAUCGAUGAAGGACGAAGUAGACAAAGGAAACGAGGAACGAAGGAGACGAAAGGCAAAGGAGACGAAGCAUGUAUAAGACGGAGGACGAAGAAGAUGAAGGGCGAAGAAAAGGAAGGACAUAGAAAACGGAGGAAGAAGGAGACGAAAGGCGAAGGAGAGCAAAAAUAG